UCUAAAGAUGCUAAUGGCUUCAGCCUUACGAUACGGUUGUUUUUAGUUGGAAAAGCAUUUCAUCACGGCUUUUUCUAGUUUCAGUUAGUUACAACAGAAAAGAACAAAGGAGAAGUAACGAGAACAAUGCCACUGCUUACUUGCGCUUUCCCCAAAUGCUUCAAAUAUUUAAACCACAGAGCACAUUGUUGGUUUCAGUGUCCAUUGAGAACAAUGAGAAGCAUUGCAAUAAUGGAAUUUGCAAGAGUAAUGUUCCUAUUAUUAUUAUCACUAAUACUACUGACCCCCUUGAAGAUCAGUAGUACCGUAGAAGUAGCGACUAAUGAUAAGCCACCAUGUGAUUUUCCAGCAGCAUACAAUUUCGGGGACUCGAAUUCCGACACCGGCGGUAUCUCUGCUGCAUUUGAACCAAUACAAGCACCUUAUGGUGAGAGCUUCUUCAGGAAACCUGCUGGAAGGUUUUCAGAUGGCCGCCUUCUCAUUGACUUCAUUGCUGAGCACAUGAGACUACCUUACUUGAGUCCCUAUCUAGAUUCCAUUGGCUCGAAUUUCAGACACGGAGCCAAUUUUGCAACAGGAGGAUCCACCAUUCGUAGGCAAAACGAGACUAUAUUUCAAAGUGGUAUAAGCCCCUUUUCCCUGGACGUUCAAAUCGUGCAUUUCCAUCGUUUCAAAUCAAGAACUGAAGAGCUCUAUAGACAAGAGAAGAACAGACUCCCGAGACCUCACGAAUUUUCACACUCUCUCUACACAAUUGACAUAGGCCAAACUGAUCUAGCUUUUGGUUUCCGCCAGAUGAGUAAUAUACAACUUCGGGCAGCCAUACCAGCCAUAAUAAACCAGUUUUCUGCAGCAGUAACGCGUCUAUAUCAACAAGGGGCGAGGGCAUUCUGGAUACAUAACAUACGUCCAAUCGGUUGCUUACGAACAGCCACAUUAUACCUCAGAAACCCAAAACCAGGUGUUCUUGAUGACUAUGGAUGCUUAAAGAGCCACAAUAAGAUGGCCUUAGAGUUCAACAGACAGCUGAAAGCCAGAAUAAGAACAUUGAGGGCAGAGCUUGGGCAUGCUGCUAUAACAUAUGUAGAUGUCUAUGCUGCCAAGUAUGACCUAAUCAGCAAUGCCAAGAGCCAAGGUUUCAUGGAACCCCAGAAAAUAUGCUGUGGAGUGCAUGAGGGGAAUGCGCACGUAUGGUGCGGGCAGAAAGGAAUAGUGAGAGGUGCAGAAGUGUUUGGAAGGGCUUGUGCCAAUCCUUCAGGUUACAUAAGCUGGGAUGGAGUACAUUACUCACAGGCUGCUAAUCAUUGGAUUGCCAAUCAUAUACUAAACGGCAGUUUCUCUGAUCCUCCCAUUCCCAUUACACAUGCUUGUCAUAAACGUCUUCACCAUUAGGAAUCUUGUAUAUGCAUCUAAACUAGUCUUUAUAUCUAUGUCAAGUGAAAUCACUGUUCUUGUCCUUUAUUUCUUUUCACAAUAUUCAUACCUAUAAAAAUAAACUCGCAAGUUUCAAAUAUAAAGUCGAUGACAAGCUCCAUUCUUAAGAAAUUGGUUAAGGGAGAUGGAUUCCAGAUAAACUCAGGGACCUUAAUAAACACAGUACAAAGUUAAAGGUAGGAUUUUAUUUUCAUGUCCAACUACUGUACACGGAGAACACUAGAAUAUUAGACAAAUCGUACAACAAAUAUUUUUUUGAUAAAUACGCUGUACGACGAAUAUAAUGUUUUUUUCUUCUAGAUAAGUGAAUAGGUUCAAAGCUCGCCCUUAUAAGAUUACUAGAUACAUACAGCAGAUG